CAAGUACACUCAAUCUGCCGGCUCUAACUAGGAGAGAGUACAGGAAACAUGUCUCACAGUGAAGACUCGUGGAAGCCAGUCCCGAACACCUGUCUACUUCUCACAGAUCUUUGAACUGGCGCCAGACCCAUGCACGUAAUUCUCUUCCAUAGCAUCCCGGAGAAGCGCGUGUUUAUUGUGUACACAUAAAGUAUGCCACAGCACACAACGACGACGGACUAUCACGCUGCUUAGCCGUUACUGUAGCCGUCGCAGUUACUAAGGGCAUCGGACGUCCGUGACCCUUCGCUGCACAGAGAUGGCUCGAAUCGUUAAUCGUUGCAGGCAACUCAAACUUCUACAGACGGGAGAGUAAGGACUGAGAUUUGAGGAUUUGAUCGGAGAUAAAGCACAGUGGUUGAUUGAUUAUCGUUUAAUCUGGUGAUUAUGGAGGCUGCCCUCUUUCGGGUCGUGCUACACACCUGAAUGUGAAAAUAUUAUCCCCUAGAUUAAAUACCUGCUGUCAAUAGGGUACGAUUGUGUUACUGAUUGGAGAGCCAACGUGACCAGUUUGGUUUUUAUGACUUCCAGGAACCAGUCGCAGACUCGAGGAUGAAGACACAUCUGACUACAAUAUUAGCACUCAUAGCAACUUUGGAAUAUGUUCAAACAUUCCCGAUGAAGAAUGGGAGAGAAAUAUAUCCAGAAGAAAAUGCAGGCAUUGACUCUGUGAUACUGGCUGAGGGAGACAUUGUCCUCGACUUGCCGAAUGACAUGAUCGGAAUGGUCCGGAAAAGAAGACAACCUAAGGUGCUAUUCUAGGCGCAACGCAGUCCGGGAUCUGUAUGGAACAUGGCUGAACAGGACCGUUCCGUAUGAAAUACAGAGUUCCUAUGAUGAAAAUCAACGCCGUGAAAUGCGAAUGGCUAUGGAGGAGUUCGAGCAAAAAACGUGCGUCCGGUUCCGCCCCCGGACAAUCGAGCCUGAUUACAUUCGAAUUCUGCCCGAUGGAGGCUGUUCCAGCUCCGUGGGUCGGAAGGGAGGGAAACAGAAAGUGUCCAUCGACUCCAACUGUGACAACAAGGGCACCAUCAUGCACGAGCUGAUGCACUCCCUUGGCUUCUGGCACGAACAUAGUCGACCUGACAGGGAUCACUACAUCACCAUCAUGUGGGACAACAUAGCUAAAGAACACGAGGACAACUUCAAGUCCUACUCCUCCGACGACAUCGACACCCUCGGAGCCCCCUACGACUACGGCUCCAUCAUGCACUACCGCAACAACACCUUCGCCUUGGAUAGGUCCAAGCCAACCAUUCUGUCCAAGUUCCCGCUCCCCAGGGGCGUGGUCAUGGGGCAGAGAGAGCACCUGUCUGCCAUCGACAUCUUCAAGAUUAACAGACUGUACAGAUGUAAUAUAACCCACUGCCCCGACGCCGGCAUCCCAAAGAAUGGCGUCCGUGUGGGCGACGACUUCAAGGUGUCGAAGACGGUGAAGUACAAGUGUCAAAGUGGCUAUACUCUGGUGGGAAGUAACGCGCGGUACUGCAUGGACCUCGGGGACUGGACCGGCAACUUCCCUGUCUGUCUGCCUUCGUACAAAGGGGGUUACCUGCACUACUGCAACCUGGACCAGGGCACCCUGUGUGGCUGGAAGCAGGACUACACAGACGAGCAGAACUGGACCCUCCACAACCGCAGCACGCCGUCAGACUCAACUGGACCCAAGGCUGACCAUACCAUGGGGACGUCAGAAGGUUACUACAUCUACCUAGAGAGCUCCACACCCUGCAAGGAGGGUGACCGGGCAAGGCUUAUCUCCCCUACUUUCAGUUUCCUGGGAACCAAGGCAUGUCUUGCGUUCCACUACAACAUGUACGGCAAGACGAUGGGGACGCUGAACGUCUACCAGCGGGUCGGGGGCAAGAACGUCCCUAAGUUCUCCCUGUCCGACAACCAUGGCACCAGCUGGCAUAUGGCGGUCUUCGUCCUCGACGACUCAAGCAGCUUCCAGCUGGUAUUCGAGGCGGUGGCCGGGAGCAGCUUCAAGAGCGACAUGGCCGUCGACGACAUCGUUGUUGGAUCCUGCGACAGCCUGUCAACACUUGUCAACGCUGCUACACCGGAGACGAUGUCGUGCGACUUCAACAGCGACACUUGUGGCUGGAUACAGUCUAAGGACGACGUCUUUGACUGGACAUUGGAGAAGGAUUCCACCUCUACUUUCAACACCGGACCCGACUGUGACCCCACCGACUGCGCCAACGGCACAUAUCUGUACACGGAAGCAUCGAGCCCAAGGAAGUCGGGCGACACAGCCAGAAUAGCCACUCCUGUCUUAAAGCAGGGAGGUGGACCAAGAUGUCUCUCGUUCUCAUACCAUAUGUUCGGGAGCUCCAUGGGAACUCUGCGAGUAUAUAAUGUAGAGCUGGGAGCAGAACCUCAGCUGCUGUGGCAGAGGUCUGGUGACCAUGGAAACCUGUGGCAUCGAGAACAGAUCGACCUUGUCCCCAAAUCGCCUUUUCAGAUUGUGUUUGAGGGCGUCCGUGGGGCCAGCUGGAGGAGCGACAUGGCUAUAGACAACGUGGACAUCACCAACGGCGAAUGUGCAGACAUGGUACAGUUCAACUGCAAGUUUGACACGGACUGGUGCGGAUGGACAAACGCUCAAUCCCCCCUGGACACAUUUGAUUGGGAAAGAUCUAAUCAUUCAACAUGGACGCCAGGCACAGGACCAACUGCUGACCACACGACCAGCACAGGCUUCUUCGUCUACAUUGAAACGUCAGGGCCCGUGGCCCCUGGCUCCGUCGCCCGUCUGGUGUCCCCCCGCAUGACAGACGAGUCCUCGGGCUUCUGUCUGGAGUUCUGGUACCACAUGUAUGGGAGGGACGUCCGCACCCUCAGCGUCCUCCACUACUCGCUGGAGGGGGGUGGCAUUGUCUCGCUCUGGUCCCUCACAGGCGACAAGGGCAACUGGUGGAGACGUCAUCGCCAAACUGUCACAAGCACCGAGCAGGACUUUCAGAUCGUAUUUGAAGCAGUGGCCGGCGGCUCCCUCGGAGACAUUGCCAUCGACGACGUGUCCAUCACACCUGGCGCAUGCUACAGCUUCGACGCCCAGGUGCUGUCAAGAAGGCAUUUUCCGUUUUUGCAACGCUCUGGGCGCUGAUUGGUUAGAAGGAUCAUUUGAGCUAAUCUAUUGGCUAGAUUCACUCUUGGAGUGGAGAACGAAUGUGAUAUAGUGAAUUAUAAAGACUUGUGUGAUCUUCAAGAAGGACCACAGACGGACAACGUAUUUUGUGUAUAUAUUUUGGAAAGGAAACGCGGGACUGCAGCCAUAUUGGAACUAUAUUUUUGAGAGGCAGCAGCGGAGGGAUGCGUUUGUAAAUAUGGUUGUUUGACAUUCUGUUUCCCAUACUUAAGGGUACUUUGUUGUCUGUUUGCUUAACACGAGUAUUAUACAUUUCAAUGCUGAGUGGUGUAUCAUGUAAUAGUCUGAAGCUCUGUAAUGUUAAGUGCGCGAUGUGUAAUGCGAUUAUGAUGAUGUUUUGCUUUAUUGCCUCACCUAAACAAGAUUUUAUUUAACUUCAACAAACCUGGUACCUGUGCCAAAACCUACAAGUAACUUCAAAAAAUAUAUUUCGUCAUUUACUUUCUGUUUUUGAUCUGAAUAAAACCAAAUCAUCACAGUGAUUACAGAGAUAUAUAAAACAACAAAAAGCCGGGAACAAAUAAGUAGAAACAGUGCUUAGCUCUAAAUAUAGAAGCUCGAUGGCAGGAGUUCGAUCUUCAUGUAAAGUGACAUCAUUUCGGAUGAGUAAAAAAACAAAUCAAAUUGUCCAUUUCGUCCAGUGUUUCCGUGGAAACUUUUUAUCCGCAUUUGCGAAUAAGCGAGGCUCCAGGAUAUAUUUUAGCCAACUCAGUGAUAUGCAACUGAUUCGAUGUUCUUCGUGUUGUACAUUUAUUGUUUGUUAUAUUAGAUUUGUGUAUUUAUGUUUAUUUAAAGCUUCCAUUUGAAAUCAUUAUUCACACAUAACAGUGUUCAGUAGCAAAGUGAUUUAUUCUCUAUAAAACGUACAUCAACUAUGAAUUUACCAUAUACUUGAAUCUAGGCGGUGGUAUAGCUCGCUUGGAUGUAUUCUACGUGUAACUGUAUCUAAAGUAAGCAUGCAUGACUUUCCAGUAACAAACAGCUAACACUAAAGCUAAUCCCAGAAAGGGAACGUUGGUAUAUUCAGGGCGGGUCUGUCACUUGGAGGAUGGAACAAGUCUUGUUGUCAUGGCAGCCUGGGACAGAAACCACUGUGAAGUAUUGAUGGAGUGUACGAGGGAAGAUGAAGACAUUGUAUGAGCGCUUCUUUUUUUAAACAUGUUCCGUUUUGAUCUGGUUCAAUGUGACAUUCAGCUUAAUGAAAUUGAUUGAAAGGGAUUUUCAAGACAUGUUAAAAAGAUACCACUGCAAAAAAGGAAAUAAAUAUUUCAUCCUGAUCAUGUAAAUGCCCCAGUUUGCUCUGUGUUGCCCCCAGUGUAUACCAUGCAAUAGUUCGAGGAAUUCUGCUGCUUGGCACUGGAUGUGUCAUUUGUGUCACCAUAUCAUUUAAAAACAUAACCAUCCACGACACGAAAUGCGAAAAGUUUAACAUUCACGUACAUUGUCUAACUUGGGUGGCAUUCAAUGCACUGACUCCAGUGGCGAUAAUCCAUUUUGUUUUGUCUCAGAUGAGUAAUAUUUGUCUUCAUCAACUUGUCUUCUUUUCUGUAAAUAAUAAAUGUGAUUUGCCAAA